AGCAGUUCCAAACGGAUAUAAGUUACCAAACCACAGCAUGGCAACUACAAAAAUAGAGAGCUCAACAUCACUGAGCAGUGAUCUUCUAUACGACAUACUUCGCCGUCUCGACGGUCCUUCUCUAGCGAAAGCUGCGUGUACUUGUGCUGACUUCUGUUCCUUAUCAAAAGAGGAAGUAUUAUGGGAAAACGCAUGUCAUUCUCUUUGGCCUUCAACUCAUAGAGAUGAUGUUAGGAGUCUCAUCUCCUCCAUUGGUGGGUUCAGACGGUUCUACGCCGAUUGCUUUCCCCUUAUUGUCAACGAGGACAUCCCCGCCGUUCAAACCGACGACAAUCUUCCAUAUCCCGCCGAUUGGAACGAGGAUGAUUACUAUGGGGACAGUGAUGAAAAUGAAACAAUCUUCCCUUCUGAUUUUGUUUCCAUUGUUGAUGUGAGGUACAAAGAGAAAACAGUAUAUUCAAAAGUCUUAUGGGGAAUUCCUGAUUCUGACGGUUCUAAUGGUUGGUUUCAUACUUGCCCAUUUCGAAUCGACCUGCUCCGCUAUUCAGAUGGAACCGGUAACGAGGAUGGUGAUGUUAUGCUCUCAGUUGAUGACGGUUUGCCGUCCAUCACAUCUUUAGAGAGAGAGAGAAAAGAUGGGAGAUUGUGGAGGGAUUUGCACGAGGGAAUUGUACUAAGCUGGAUCAUUGUGAAUAGAAGAUUGAAGCAAGCAGCGAAUCUUACGAGCUGGAGACCGCUCGGGAGGCAGAGGCAUUGGCCGACUGAUCGAAACUUCGUUCUUCGAUUCGGAUCGAUUCUUCCGGUGAAAGACAUUCCCCCAUGCCAGGUUGCAAAAUGCAUCAUUGUGAUGAAAUUUAGUAUUGUGGGUGCAGGGAAUGGAGAGGGUGGUAUGGCUACAGGUCUGAGAUUAACUGAGUUGAGUAUGCAGGUGGAGAAUAUGGCGGGAGCUCAUGUUAAUGGGCGGAAUAGUCUGCUUGUUUUAAAAGAAGCUUUGAGUUGCAGGAGGAGCAGAAAUUAUGGGGAAGUGUUGGAGUACUGUCACUUGUAUUUGAAGGCUCAGAAUGAGUUUAAAGAGGAGAAAAUCAGGAAUGAAAGCUGGUUUGAUAAGGUUUAUAUAAUAAGCAGCAUUGCAGUAGUUGCUGCUUUUUUGCUUUUGUUGCAUACUUUGAAAAUGUAA